AUGUUUGGAGGCGCGAAAGGCGGCCAUUUUGGGGUCCCCCCCGCUGGUUGUUCCGGCGCUGUCUCCCAGGCUGUUGCUGGGACCAAGGCUGGCUCCGCAGGAGGCCGGCCGGCCGACACUAUGUGGCGGCUCCGCUGCAAGGCCAAAGGUGGCACCCACGUUUUGCAGGGUCUUUCCAGCCGGACCCGCUUACGGGAACUGCAGGGCCAAAUCGCCGCUAUCACGGGCAUCGCUCCGGGCAGUCAGCGAAUCCUCGUCGGCUACCCACCGGAGUGCCUGGAUCUCAGCGACCGGGACAUCACUCUUGGGGACCUGCCCAUCCAGUCAGGUGACAUGCUGAUUGUUGAAGAAGACCAAACCAGACCAAAAGCUUCACCUGCGUUUUCCAAACAUGGUGCUCCUAGUUAUGUCAGGGAAACUCUGCCUGUGCUUACCAGAACCGCAGUCCCAGCAGACAACUCUUGCCUCUUUACCAGUGUGUACUAUGUCGUUGAAGGAGGAGUCUUGAAUCCAGCUUGUGCCCCUGAGAUGAGACGCCUCAUAGCACAAAUUGUAGCCAGUGAUCCAGACUUGUAUAGUGAGGCAAUCCUGGGAAAAACAAACAAAGAAUACUGUGAUUGGAUCAGAAGGGAUGACACUUGGGGGGGAGCAAUUGAGAUAUCAAUCCUGUCUAAGUUUUAUCAAUGUGAAAUAUGUGUAGUAGAUACACAGACAGUCCGAAUUGAUCGUUUUGGGGAAGAUGCGGGAUAUACCAAAAGGGUUCUGCUGAUCUACGAUGGCAUUCACUAUGAUCCUCUUCAGCGGGUUUUCCCUGAUGCGGAUACCCCUCCUCUGACCAUUUUCUCCUCAAAUGAUGAUAUUGUUCUUGUCCAAGCACUGGAAUUAGCUGAUGAAGCUAGAAGAAAGAGACAGUUCACUGAUGUAAACCGCUUCACCCUGAGAUGCAUGGUGUGUCAGAAGGGCCUAACUGGACAAGCGGAAGCAAGGGACCAUGCCAGGGAGACAGGCCAUACCAACUUUGGAGAGGUGUGAUCUGUUCAUAGGAAUUGGAGCCUACUACCUCACAGAUCCAGAGGGCUCUGGGUUUUCUAAUAAGCUAUUCAUAACCCUACAGAAUAGAACCCAAUGCUUGGACCAUCCUUUUUUCUUAAACCAGUAUGACUGACACUGAAAUUCCUUAUUAAGAUUAAAAUCAGUGUGCAAGUUUACAGAUGUGUGUCUACACUAGUGGCAUGCCCUCUUUCUACUGGGGUGUCGGAAUAGGUGGUUUUGGCCACUUGUGAUGCUAACCCGAAGACUGGAUUGUAUUAUAAACCAGCACCCAGUGGCUUUAGCUUAUAGAAGAAAACAUAUUUUAGGUAAUGUGGAAAGUCUUGUGGAGGGCCACUGGACAGAUACCACAGUGUCUCCAGUAGUUGAUUCCUUUUAAUAACUUUGAAUGAGUUAGUAGUUUCUAAAUUCUGAAUUGAUUCAUCAAAUGAAGAUACUCAGAAUUGUCAAAACUUUUUAUAUUGCAAUUUGGUAGACUUUAUAAGUGUAUCUAACUACUUGCAAGUACAUUAAAUGCAAUUUUACAGGGAUAAGUAUAUCCCUUGAGAAUGUUAUCUAAGACAGGAAUUGAUAUGGUCCUGUUGAGAUUUCUAGUGUAUAAAAGUAGAAUGUAUAAGGGGAAAAGGUGCCUGAAGCAGCUUACUGAAGCUUUAAAAGACUGUUGGCCUCAUGUUUUAAUGCAAUUCAUGUAUUGGUGUUUGUCACAUUAGAUAAUUUUUUUUAAUGAAGCAGGGUAUGCCUUUUUAAUUGCUGAUUUAGUUUAAAAUUUAAGAAGUAUCUUGAAAAUUUGAGUGUCUAGUUCUUUUGCUUUUUAGCAUAUAAAUUUUUCUGGAGGGAUUUCAUUUCCUCAGCUCUUCAGCUCAAAGCACUUCUUACAAACAAGUCUUCCUCUAAAGUGUCAAUGGUAUGCUUUGGUUUCCUGAAAAUCUUUUUCAUAGAUAACAGUGUUCAUAGUUCUACUAUGAUCUUUUGGAUAUUCCACAUUUCUGCAAGUUAGUACUUUGUUCAUCUGUGAUCUUUGACUUUCAGUUUUUAAAUAAUUGAUUUGGUUUGUUUCACUUACAAAAUAUACAAAGUUUUAAAACCCUUGCCUUAUACAGCUCUCUCAGAAUACUGCUGCCUAGUGUCAGGUAUGUAGCCAUUUGCUGGAUGGGUUGAUCCUCAAGGCAUGUGCUCUCAAAACUUAGCUUCACUAUAGAAUCUUCCAGGUAAAGUGUUCUACCUCUUAAUUCUUCUAAAGAUCAGGGAUGCUAAGUUAUAAUUUGUUGUAUAUUCUGUCAUAUGAUGUAAAGAGGCAUACUGUUGUGAGGUUUGGUAUCUUGAUCUCAUUCAUUAAAUAUCUCAGCGAACGAUUGGCACACUUUAAAGCACUUAACAUCUUUCCAUGAUUCUUCUUAGCAAAUGUUUUAAAAUCAAAGUCAACCCUUAGCCUUUUAUGUGAUAAUGAUGACCAUGUCAAAUGAAGGAAUGUUAGAGUGAACAAUUUAGAAAGUUCCUUUAAGGACAGUUGAACAGUUCACAACGUAUGCUUCAAUCAUCAGAUGACAUUCUUUCUUGGGUUGAGACAAGGUCUGCCUGUGUGUUUCUUGCUGGCCUGGAACUUGCUAUAUAGACCAGGCUCCUCCAACUCGAAGCGAUCCUUUUGCCUCUGCCUUCUGAGUACUGAGAUUACAAGCGGGGCCACCAUGUCUGGCCAGGUGACUUUUCUUGAAUACCCUUUGUGCACAUAGUCAGGCAGGCAAUGGCAUUACUAUAGUAAUAUAAAUUGAAAUGUUUAAUUUUCUUUUUUUAGCCGAGCCUUAAAGAUAGUACUAGUGAGCUUAGGAUGCUGAACAUUUGGUGUUCAUGACAUGUAAAUGAUUGUCACAAAAGUCUCUUUGUACUUGUCAUCUGAUUUAGAUUUUUUUAAAAACUCUUGUUUCCUCUAUAAAAAAUUUAAUUUAAAGCUGUACAUUAAAAAUGUAACACUGGGUUAUGCAUUGUAUUUAUAAAGCUUGCCUUCCUUUACCACUUGAGCAUCCAAAUUCAGUAUUUCUAAACUUUUGGAUCCAGAAGUUUGUUCAUGUAACAAGUAUUUAUUGAAUAACUUAUAAUGUGUCAGGCAUGUUCUAUUUUUUGAAAAUAAAUUCCUGUCACUUUAAAAUUGAAUCUAUAUAAUGUACAGAGGAUUUGUUCAGUAAAUGUAAAGAAAUAGAAUGAGCACUGGUAUCUUAAAAAUCAAAUCUUUGUUCUAAGUGUUAUUUGUGUGUUUAGUAUUUAUUUAGGGGAUUGUUUCUUAUUUUAUCUUUUACUUGGUUUGUCCGGUUGCCAGGUAGAUACUUGAUAGUAAAAUGACUUUCAAAAAGACAUUUUAAACAUUUGCUGAUAUGAGAACUAGUUUUAGAGUAAGUAGUGUUUUUGUUGUGAAACAUUCCAGGUGAAGCAUUAUAUGCAAAUUAUUUCAUUAUUAAUUUCUGUUCAUUCCAAAUACAAGCUGUUAAGCCUCAUAGAAUUUAAAAGUUUCGUUAUGUAUUUUUCCUGUGUUUAUUAAGCUCUUGAAAUUGUGAGAAAACUUAUUUUUAGGAUUUUGAAAAAUCUGUGAAUUUAGUUGCAGCAAAGCUAAAAGAAACUAUGUCCUAAUGAAGCCCUUUCUGUUCAGUUUUUGCCUGUCCUACAAGAAUUUUUCUUAAUUCAAAUGAGACAGUUUACAUUAGUGGUAGAAUAUAAAUUAUGCCUUGCCCCCACUUCCCCAGUGUCCCCCACUCUUUUUUGGAUUAAAGAUUCAGUGUGUUUUUAUAAAGAUACUUUAGUCACAGCAGUAGUCCAAAUUAAUGUCUCUGGGAAUUUUGUGAUAUGACCCCACAUGAAGGCAUCCUGAUGCUACCACACCUUUUGCUAGUGAUUCACGGUUGAUUUCUUAAAGCUCUCUAUGAAUGUGAAGUGGUUAUAAUCAAGUGGUCACUGGCCAGCCUAACCUUGUUGUUAGGAACUAAUACCAUUAAUGCCAUUUGGAUGCUCUAUUGAGUUCAAGUCCCAGAAAAAUCAGAAUCCCACAUUAACAUUAUUUCCCUACCCAGUUAUGCCCCUAACUGCUCCUGCCUACUUACUUGUCUGGCUGGCUUCCUCCCUUCAAGCCUCCCUAGUUGAAUUUUCUGUCUUUGUGGGAAAAUUACAGUAGGAUAUAUGUGAAAUUAAGCAACAGUGAUCUAUACACACACACGUUAUAUAUUAAAAAAUCAGGUGGCCUUCUUAAAUUUACAUAUAUUAAAAAUCACAUUUUUCAUGUGUUGAAACAUCAUUUGCAGCACUUUAAAAAUUAGAGAAUAAAAGUUUACAUAACUCUCUAGAAGAUCUUGAGGGCAGUAAAGAUACAAGCCUGGGCUGCUAGCCAGCAGCUCUCAUAAGCUGUUGCCAUCAGUAUUUGUGUAUCUCAUGAUACAGUCUAAUUUCACUCACUGUUAGGAGCAUGGUCUAUGCCCUAAGGUAAGGAAUGUUGCUUCUGUAAUGUGAUUGUUAAAGAGUACAUUCAUCAAACCUUUCAUUUUAAGCAAGCUUAUUUUGGAGAAAUUGAUUUUGAGUAAGAUAUGCAAGCAGUAUUUGCAAACCUAAAGGAACACUUUAUUUGAAUCAGCUAAUUUGUUACUCAGAGUGCUAAGCAUCCAAACCAGGGCUUUUUGCUGCUAGGGUAAGUGCUUAUUGAUCAGCAUUCCUGCCCCAGGAUGUUUUCUUAAUGUCUAUUGUAAUGUGUCAGCACAUCCAACUCAAUGAAUAUAAGACUGCCUUGGUUGUGGGAAAGGUUUGGUUUUGUUGUUGUUGUUGUUUUUCUUUCUUCAAAAAUUAGCUAACAUUUUGUUUACAGUGCUUUGACUUUUAUUUGGAAAACAAAGUAUUAUGUUUACUGAGUUAUGGGGUGUUUUGUCUUAAUUCAUUUGAUUUAAGGGAGGGUGUUAGCCUUCCCAUGGCAUUUUAAGGUGAAAAGGAUGAGUACUACUAAAAAGGAAAUCUAUAAGGCCAUGAAUACAAGCAUCUUACAUGGUGCACCUUUUUACUUUGUUUUGAAACACAUGAACUUGUAUAUAGGAAUUUAAGUAUAGCGAAUGUGUGAUUUGGUUAAGUUACAGGUAAGAAGGCUGAGAGUUUCCACCCAGUUGAUGUGGCUUCACUCCAGAACACAUAAUAGAAUGUUUAGUUGAGUGUAACCCAUCAAUUACUUAAAGGACAAGGGCUAUAUGUUCACAUUUGUGCCAUUCAAGGUGCCACAGGAAAUGCAUUUGUACCAAAUUAUUUGUUUUCUUUAAGAAUGCCUAAUAAGUACAUAUAGAUUGUCAAAAGGACAAGAAUGAAAAAUAAAUAGUCUUAUCGAGGCAGAGUUCCUUAAAUAAGGAAAUCACCAGUAAAGCCUGAAAUACAGAGCUCAGAACAUAAUUUCAAAGGUAUAAAAGAGGGCCAAACAGAAAGAGUUGUUUCCUUGACAUAUGAAAAAUGUGUUCUUAGUGUUGCUUUCAGAAUGUUCCCUUGUCGUUUGCCAGCAAGUUUCCAAAGUUGAUGCACUGCUGCUCUCUGGGAGAUGUCUAACUUCAUUUUAUACAACUCAUGAUUUUGCCUUUGUUAUUAAGAUGCAUUUCAUUUUAUUUAUGGUAUGUGAUUUUUCAAUAUCUAAAUGUAUGAAGUGACUUGUUUUAAAGGAAUAAAUGAAGUGAAAACAUU